CCAAAGGCAAACACCUGGCACGGUAUAUAAGACGUGGUCACAUGUUCGUUGUAGAGUUUACGAGUUGAGGAGGAGCGACCCGGUCCGACUACCCUGCGCUCCAGAGUUGGCUCAGUGAGAGGAGCUGUCCACUGCCGGAGGUGCUGAAGGCGACGGUUCAAUGAGAGGAGCUGUCCUCGGUGCUGAACUCGCUGGUUGAAAGGAGCUGUCCAAGACGGGAAGACCUGCUCAUCUCCUCCUCAUCUCCUCCUCAUCUCCUCCUCAUCUCCUCCUCAUCUCCUCACCGUAAAGGAGAGACGUUGCUGGACAGUGCUCUAAGUUGCUGGUGUACUUUCGCGGCGAGUUCGCGUGGCUUUUGUCCAGGACGAGUGGACAACCUUUCCGUGCGUAAGUUAAAAAAGCAGUUCGGCUCGGCGCGAUGGCUUUCAUGGUCAAGCACAUGAUCGGCGGUCAGCUGAAGGACCUGACCGGAGGCUUGACGGAGGAGAAACCCGAAGCGGAGAAAGGCGAGGCUGGAGCGAAGGGAAUGACCCAAGAGGAGUACGAGCAGUAUCAGCAGCAGCUCGAGGAGGAGAAGCAGGAGCGAGAUGCCAACUUUGCCCAGAAGAAAGCAGAGAGGGCCACAAUCAGAACUCACUUCAGAGAAAAGUACAGACUGCCAAAGAACGAGCUGGAUGAAACGCAGAUCCAGGCCGCAGGGCAGGACGUGGAGCUGCCCACCGAACUGGCCAAGAUGAUCGCCGAGGACAACCAAGAAGAGAAGCACAAACAGUCCGUCCUCGGCCAGCUCUCCAACAUCCAGAACGUGGAUAUUGACCACCUGAAGGACAAGGCUCAGGCCACGCUGGAGGAGCUGAAAAACUCAGCCGAGAAAUGUUCGCUGAUGUGAUCUUCUCUGAUCUCUACUCUUUCUCUGUUCGGCUACAUUCACAUUACAAACUCUGCUGUUGCUCAAUUGGCCUUUCUCCAUCCACAAAUGUGGUGUUUUUGUAGCAACUGUUGCUCGUUUGACAAGCCUUUUGGAAAUCCUGUUCAACCUAAUGAGAACUUGUAGCGCUAAAUCAUCGCAAUGGCUACAUUCAGAGUGUGAUAUUCAUUUCAAAUGAUAAUCAUUUGGUAUAUAACAUCAUACUGUUAGGACAGAGUGGCCAGUUUUGUUCCCUGCUGAAAAAAACGUGCUGGUCUAAGCUGGUCUAGUGCUGUUCCGAUGCUGGUUUAGCUGGGCACCCCAGCAUGGUCAUGCUGGUUGACGUGUAUACCAGCAUCCAGUGCUGGUCUAUGUUGGCUCUUCUCACAGAGUUGUCAUGCUAAUAUUAUAUAAGUGAAACUUUUUUGAUCCCACAACAGGGAAAUUCCACCUCCGCAUUUAACCCAUCCGUGAAGUGAAACACCACAUACACACUUAGUGAACACACACACUAGGGGGCAGUGAGCACACUUGCCCGGAGUAGU